AUAAAAAGCAACUCUCGUCACUAUCGGUCAAGUCAGUUACAAUUUGCAACUCUUCAGUGACGACCUCGAGUGCAAUAGAGUGGGAUAUCAUGACGGAGGCAUCAAACUUGCUGGCGCUGCUGCAGCGUCCUUUGGAGCCCACGUUCCUGCCGAAAAACGACGGCAAAACCGUGAUCGAUGUUCCGGACGAUUUCCUGACCGAUCGGUACCGCCCAAUCGGAGCGGAUCUUCAAUCCCGUUUUUCGAACGAUGCUGAACAAAGAAUUCCGGUCCGAAGUGUUACCCCACCGGAUCUAUCGUUUGCCGACGGAAUCGAUCGCCGUGGUGCGUUCUCGUUGUUCAUUCUGAAACAUCGGGAUGCGGCGGCUGCGUUGAUCAACUUGUUCAUGAGCCAACCGGAUGUGCAGUCGUUGAUGAGCGUUGCGACGUUUUGCCGUGAUCGUUUGAACCCAGUGUUGUUCCAGUAUGGGCUGGCGGUUGCCAUUCAGCAUCGUCCGGACACCAAGGAUGUGAACAUUCCCUCGAUUGUGUCGCUGUUUCCGGAUCAGUUUGUCGAUCCGGCGGUGUUUCCGAAGCUUCGUGAAGAAGGGUCGGUGGUUCAACAGGCUAAUCGGAUGGUAAUCGACAUUAAGCAAAACUUCACUGCAUCUGAUCGUGAAGAGGAACAACGAAUGGCGUACUUCCGAGAGGACAUCGGCGUUAACAUGCAUCACUGGCAUUGGCAUUUGGUGUACCCGGGAGAUGGUCCGGACAGUGUUGUCAAGAAGGAUCGACGUGGAGAGUUGUUCUUCUACAUGCACAGUCAGCUGAUUGCUCGGUACAACAUGGAUCGUUUCUGCAAUCAGCUGGCCAGUGUAAAGAACUUUACGAACUUUCGUGAAACGAUCCCGGAAGCUUACUUCCCGAAGAUGCUCCGUAGCUCGAACAACCGGUCGUAUCCGGGUAGACAUCGUAACAUUGCGUUGCAAGACGUGAACCGUAUCGACAAUGGAACGAUCGUGCAAGUGAACGAUCUGGAGCGUUGGCGUGAUCGUAUUCUGGAAGCUAUCGAUCAAGGAUUCGUGCUGGAUAACAGCGGCAAUCGAAUCCCGUUGGAUGAGCAAAAGGGUAUCGAUGUCCUGGGAGAUGUUGUUGAGGCUUCAAAGCUGUCGCCAAACCAGCGUUUGUACGGAAGUCUGCACAACAUGGGACACAACCUGAUUGCGUACAUCCACGACCCGGACUAUCGCUACCUGGAGGACUAUGGCGUGAUGGGCGACGUUACGACUGCUAUGCGUGAUCCGUUCUUCUACCGUUGGCACGGAAUGAUCGAUGGAAUAUUCCGACGUUUUAAGGACCAACUGACCCCCUAUCCCGCUGAUCAGCUGCAAUUCCCCGGCGUGACCGUCAAUUCCGUUUCGGUUCAGCUCGCCCGAGCCAACACUCCGGCCAACGUCCUGCUGACGUACUGGCAGAAAUCUCAAGUUGACCUCGCUUCCGGUCUGGACUUUGGACCCGAGGGCAACGUCUUCGCAUCGUUCACGCAUCUGCAGCACGCGCCGUUUUCGUUCCGCGUCGAAGUCAACAACGACUCGGGUGCGGUAAAGCAGGGAACUCUUCGGAUCUGGCUCGCUCCCAAGGUAGACGAACGUGGCACUCCAUUGACAUUCCGCGAGCAGCGACAGUACUUCACCGAAAUGGAUACCUCAACCGUGACUUUGAACCCCGGCGUGAACACGAUCGUGCGUCGCUCAGAUCAAUCUAGCGUUACGAUCCCGUACGAGCGAACCUUCCGCGCCGUUGGUACCGCUGCCACACCCAAGGAUGAGAACGCGCUCGCCCAAUUCCGGUUCUGCGGCUGUGGUUGGCCACAGCACAUGCUCGUGCCGAAGGGAGCCCCUGGACCCGGUGUCCAGUUUGACAUCUUCGCCAUGGUUUCGGACUUUAGCCAGGAUACCGUCAACCAGGAAUUUGAUCCUAAUGCACCAUGCAACGAUUCGCACUCGUUCUGUGGCCUGCGGGACAAGCUAUACCCGGACAAACGCGCCAUGGGCUAUCCGUUCGAUCGCUCGACGCCGGCGACCAUCGCCACCCUGCAGGACUUUAUCAGUCCCAACUCGAACAUGAAGACCAACACGGUGCAGAUCAAGUUCAGCAACACCGUGAUUGCACGAACUUAAAGUUUCUUUCAGCAAAGCAGUGCAAUCUUCUGAAAUCAAUAAAAACAAACUAAAUAAAAGA